AUGGCAUUAACCCGUGUAUUUGGUGUAAUGGUUACUUUGAUAUUGUUAUGGGCACAAGGAUCAUUGGCUGCUGUAUGUUCGACAUCCAAUCCUGCUUACCUUGAAAUUCAACAAAGUCAAUAUAAUAGGAAUGUUUCUUGUCUUACGGAUUUAAGUUGCAGACCAUUAGGGUUCAAACAUGAUGUUUUUCAUUAUCAAGUUAAUGGCAAGAGCGAUCCUUGCGUAUGGGUUGACAACGCAGAUGGUAAAGCUAUCGAAGUUAUGGUUCAAACAACUCCACCGAAUUCGAUGAUUUGUGUCCAAGGCGAUGGAUAUAAUACAAUUUGUCAAGAGGGUACUAUUAAUGAAUGUAAGAUGGCAGCAGGUAAAAGGGUUUACUUCAAGUUUUUCUGCCAAGGUCAAUCUUGUGAGACAACUGACGUUAAUUUCUGGUAUAGGUUGACGUUAAGCCCAAGCAAUGUAGAUCCUGAAAAUUGGUGUUUUGGACGUUCUGGAACUGAUUUUCCUGAUUCUUUGUUAGCGCAAUUUCCUAAUAAUUAUACACCUAAGCCUAUACAACCUCCAACACCGACGAGUUCUGCCUCUAAAAUAACUUCGCAGCCUAUUUUAGCUACCGUCACGUCUAUACUUAUUUUAACGCAGUAUACCUUGCUUUUUUAA